AUCUCUCUUCCAUUGGUGUUCUCUCCAUUGCUAUUCUCUCCUUUGGGCAAUAUCCCAUGAUUCAGAGAAAACCAUAGAAGACUUUUCUUUUCUUUCACUUGUUUAAAAGGAGGAAAAUAAUGGAUGGUGCUGCUUUGGAUGACUUGAUAGAGAGGUUAUUGGAAGGGAAGAAGAACAAGGGGAGUGGCAAGAAAAUUCAACUCGGCGAGGUGGAGAUCCGCAACAUCUGCAUGGCUGCGAAAGAGAUCUUCCUCAGCCAGCCUGUUCUUCUUGAAUUGGAGGCGCCUGUCAAUGUCUGUGGGGAUAUCCAUGGCCAAUUCUCUGAUCUUCUUCGACUAUUCGAGUAUGGUGGCUUACCUCCACACUCCAACUAUCUCUUUCUCGGCGAUUAUGUCGAUCGAGGAAAGCAAAGCAUUGAGACUAUCUGCCUCCUCCUCUCCUAUAAGAUCAAAUACCCCAACAACUUCUUUCUCCUCCGAGGAAACCAUGAAUGUGCUUCCAUUAAUAGAAUUUAUGGCUUCUAUGACGAAUGUAAGCGCCGCUUUAGUGUUCGGCUUUGGAAGCUCUUCACUGAUUGCUUCAACUGCCUCCCGGUGGCCGCUGUCAUCGAUGACAAGAUAUUCUGCAUGCAUGGUGGGCUCUCACCAGAAUUGCAACACUUGGAUCAGAUCAGACAAAUAGAAAGGCCAGUGGAUGUGCCUGACCAAGGAUUAUUAUGUGAUUUAUUAUGGUCGGAUCCCGACAGAGAAAUUAAAGGAUGGGGAGAGAAUGAUCGAGGUGUUUCGUAUACUUUUGGAGCUGAUAAAGUGUCUGAGUUCUUGAGGAAGCUUGACCUUGAUCUUAUCUGCCGUGCACAUCAAGUUGUGGAAGAUGGCUAUGAAUUCUUUGCAGAUAGGCAACUGGUGACCAUAUUCUCAGCCCCAAACUUGGGAGAGUUCAAUAAUGCUGGUGCACUGAUGAGCGUAGAUGCAAGCUUGCUUUGCUCUUUUCAAAUCCUUAAGCCAUACAGAGGGAAGGUUGGAGGGCAGCUGGAUUGAAAGUCCUGACCAUCACUGAAGAAACUACUAAAACUUUAUAGACUCAAAGCACAAGACAAAUGGAGAAUCACAUAGUUGCUUAAUUACAUUUGUUUUGUUUUCAUCUAUUUAACAAAAGAUUGUUUUGCUGCUACUUUUUUUUCAGGAGAUUAUUUAUGCUCUCUGGUGCAUAAAUGCUUCAACAUGUAUAUAUAAAUGUACAUUAGAAUUUUUUUCCUUUUGCCUCUCAAAACAUAUCAUAGCUUUAUCCAAAGGAGUUCA